UAAAGCAGAGAAUGUUAUGAUCUGACCAUGACAGAGAAUUUUAUGAAUGAAAUGCAGGGUUCGUGACAUUAUGCAAAGAGAUGCAGAGGAAGAUCCUGCUGAAAAUCCAAAUGCUUUGCGGGCGAGGCUUCUAGUUAAUCAGGUGGACAGGAAGUUAGUGAAGCAGACUGUCAUGACAUCUGUGUAUGGUGUAACUUAUGUUGGCGCUCGUGAUCAAAUCAAAAAAAGAUUAAAAGAGAGAAACCUUGUUGCUGACGAUGCAGAGAUAUUUAGUGCUUCAUGUUAUGCUGCCAAAACUACUUUAACUGCAUUAGGGCAGAUGUUCGAAUCUGCACGGAAGAUCAUGAGCUGGCUCGGUGACUGUGCAAAGACUAUUGCUUCACAAAACCAUCCGGUAAGAUGGACUACACCUCUUGGACUUCCCGUAGUUCAACCGUACCGUGCAUUAGGAACACGUCAAAUUAGAACAUCUCUUCAGCUAUUGACCUUACAGCAAGAAACCGAGAAGGUCAUGGUGAAACGACAAAAGACAGCAUUUCCCCCAAACUUUGUUCACUCCCUCGAUGGAUCACACAUGAUGUUGACUGCGCUUGCUUGUAAAAAAGCAGGAUUAGCAUUUGCAGGAGUCCAUGAUUCAUACUGGACACACGCAUGCGAUGUAGAUCAAUUGAAUAGAAUUCUUCGGGAAAAGUUUGUGGAACUUUACGAGACUCCCAUACUAGAAAAUUUGCUGGAGAGUUUUGAGAAAUCAUUCCCCGGUCUAUGCUUCCCACCAUUGCCUGAACGGGGCGAUUUCAACCUGAACGAAGUUCUUGAUUCUCCAUAUUUUUUCAACUAAGAUGGCAGUUUACAGCUCUUUACCUUAUCAGUUGCUGUACAGAUACAUUUGCAUUGUCGUCAUCAUCACUGCUGUCGUGGCACUCUGCAGCCCUACUAUGACAAGAUUUAAUGCGCGUCUGGCUAUCGAGCCAUCAUUGUCAAAAUGAAGACAACCGAGACGGCCCACCUCAGAUUAUCAACAUGAUAGAAGAGCUGAUCAAAACAAUAAAUCGCAAGUCUUGUAGAAGGCAUCGAGGGGAUUCCUCUUAUAUGUAACACACUGAGCAGGCGAGGUCUCAGCGAAGUAAAAAUUCUGGUGUUCUUCGAUUCUGGAUCACCAUCUGUAAUGUAUCGAGUGCCAAUUGUAGUAUUGGUUAGAUAGGGUGGUGAGAAAACGCUGCGUAUAGUUCGUAUAGUUCUUAACUGCUGUCACUUUGAUCCAUCUCUUCUCUUCAAGUACAUUUAUAUUCCUUUAGGUUGAAGGUCUCUUGAGUUGAGAUUUAAAAAACAGGCAAAAAAGACCUUUAUUUAUCUAAAAAUGUUCCUCUA